AUGCUGGUUACCUAUUUGGAAGCCAGCCGGGACCUUUGCGAGACGGACUCAAUUCUUUUUGGCGCCGCACUGGCAGUCUGCCGUAUUAUAGGCGCCAAACUUUCCACGGCUGGACGCGCUACUGGACAAAGGAGUGCUAUCCCAGCCUGGAGAAUAAGAAUUGAAGAACGUAUCGCAAGGGCUAGGGCCCUCAUCGGCAGACUGAUAUGCUUCAGGUCAGGCAAUACCAGGCCAAGGAUUGUGCGCACCGUCAGGAUGGCGUUUGCUGGGACAAAUGUUAGUUUGUCCCAGCCGGAUAUAACGCAAAAACUGACGGAGCGCAUAGACGACCUGAAGCAAAGAAUCGCUGCUUGGGGAAAGCGGAUUCGGCGAUAUACCGAGAGGUCGACACGGUUCAACCAGAAUCGUCUCUUCCAGAGUGAUCAGAAGAGGCUCUACAAAUCAUUGGAGCGACCAAUAGUAAGUGGAACGGGCCCAGCACCAAAUCAGGCCGACACGGUCGCAUUCUGGCGCAGCCUGUGGUCACGCCCAUAG